AUGUCCGGAGGGCAUCGAAAGGAUGACUACGGCCCGGUAGACCCUGCGACCGUCACAGAUGCAGUUGAUUCAACUAUGGAAACAUCGUCUAGUUCGACGAAGGAAGAUGCUGCUCUUCAGAUAUUCCACCCUUACAGAAUACAAGUCGAUCAAAGCAAAUGGUUCAAUUUCUUGAAGAAGGAUAGGUGGUACGACCCCGACAUAGCUGACCCGCUGUUGAACGGUGGUAACUGGAGCGUGGACAAUGCCAAGGUCUGGGAAGUGUUGAGUAUUUCACUGGAACUUGUAGACCGGAUGUUGAAGGCCUCGAUAGAGGAUAAGAACGACACUAUUGAAAUGAUGCUGUUUGGCUUAAUAGGCAAUUGGCAUUAUGUGACUGCUCGGCCUGAACCCAUGCCAGGGGCCCAUAUUCUCCUUCUCACAGAACCUACAUAG